AUGUUGAGACAAGUGACCAGAACCGCCCCAGCCUUCAGACAAUUCUCCUUCACGCAGCGUGCGUUCACCGAGCCAACCAAGAACGACUCGUUCAAGGACAGAGAGGCCGCCAACGAGAACGUCUACGUGAAGAAACACGAGGCCGAGCAAUUGAAGAAAUUGAAGGAGCAAUUGGAGAAGCAAAAGAAGGUUGUUGAAGAUUUGAACAAGGAGAUCGAUAACUUGAAGAAGUAA